AUGACUGUCGAAAGAGCUGCAGGGCUUGUCGUUUAUCGGAAGAUUGCCGAUAAGAUCGAGUAUCUUUUGCUAAAAGCCAGUUAUCCUCCAUUCCAUUGGAGUCCACCAAAAGGUCAUGUCGACCCAGGAGAAGACGAAUGGACCGCGGCUCUCCGUGAGACAGAAGAAGAAGCUGGGCUAAAGCAAGAUCAACUGAUUAUUCAUGAGGAUUGUCAGCAUACUUUGGCAUACCAGGUUCCUCAACGUGGCAAUCCCAGCAAUAUGGUUGACAAAACUGUGAAAUAUUGGUUAGCAGGAUUGAAGAACCCUGACUGUAUUGCUCUCUCCGAUGAACAUACUAAUUCCAAAUGGUCGGAUAUCGAAGAGUCCGUUACGACUGCAGGAUUCAAAGAUACGGAAACGCUUUUACGCAAAUUUCAUGAAUAUCUUUUGAACAGAAAGUGA